GGGAAAGAAAAGCUAAGCAGCUUCUGGUUUUGCUUUUAAAUGCAUUCCUGCUGAAUCGCGUCGUCUCCCCUCCGCACACAGAACUGGUGUGGCACUCACGAACUCGAACACUCUCACUUGCACACACCCGUCACAUUCGCAGAGCGAUUGCACAUGCACACACGCACAGCCUCAGUACCUGGUGCACUAGAAACUCCAAGACAGGAGCACCUGCAGGGCAGCCAGCUGAGGAGGUGACAAAGGAAGGAACUCCACACACAAGCUCGCGCGCCUGAACCACACACAUAGACACACACUUUGGUGGAGAGUGGCACACGAGUGUGGGACAGAGGGUAGCUCUCAGUGGUAGCGUCUCUGUCAUCCUGGUGCACGUGCUUGAGGUGUCUCGAUGUCGGACGAGGGGUGCCGCUCCCCCAUCGGUCUGGACUGUUGUAACUGCUGCCUGGAUCUGGCCAACGGCUGCGAGCCGGAUCCGGGGCCAGGCCGAGCGCAUCACGCCAGCCUGGGCAGCCCCACUUCUCUCAACAACUUCAGGCAGCUUCGGGAUCAGCUGCUCUACCAGAACCUCAACACAGACAAGCUGAACAAUAUCAUGAGGCAGGAUUCCCUGGAGUUGGUAGUGCGGGACCCCUGCUACCUGCUCAACGAGGGCAUCUGCAACAGCAACAUUGACCAGACCAUGCUGUCCAUCCUCCUCUUUUUCCACAGUGCCUCUGGUGCAAGCGUUGUGGCAAUUGACAACAAGAUCGAACAAGCAAUGGAUCUUGUAAAGAACCACCUUAUGUAUGCAGUCAGGGAGGAAGUGGAAAUCCUGAAGGAGCAGAUCAAGGAACUGGCGGAGAAGAACAACCAGCUGGAACGUGAGAACAGCCUGCUGAAGAACCUGGCCAGCCCCGAACAGCUGGAGAAGUUCCAGUCGCGCCUUCCCUCAGAGGCCGUGCUCUCGCUGGAGCAUCCGGACCUGGGCACAUCCGAGCAGCGAGGCUCUGGAUCGGCCGUGUAAGUGGCUCUGCCAAGGGGCGGGCAGAGCCACAGCCCUCACCUGAAAUGGACCUCCUGAGUCGCCGCCAUUGUUGUUGUUGCAUGGCUUCUGAGUGAAGCUGGCUGUACAGACACAAAAACCUGACCAAGCGACUGCAUCCGACGCUCCGGAGGCCUUCGACUGUUGUGUAAUAUCCGACAAUCUCUUCGGACUGAUGCGGCAAAGAGAGAGCGCUGUAGAUGUCCGAGGUUACUGUACAACAGGACCGGCAGCUGUGCGCCAUGGGGCCUGGCCUGGUCUUUCUCUUGCUCACUUGUCACGGGAAGAGAGGGGCUCGUCUGACGGGGCUGGCCCGCUGGCCCAAGCUGUGAAAUGUUGUGGUCGCAUGUCCUUGACCUGUCCGUGUGGAGCCAAGGACACAUUCCCUUUAAAAAACUCCAGUCUCACAAGAGCCUCAUGUGGAGCUUUUACUGCUACAAUCCGUCUGGUGUCUCUGGCCUUGGCUGACUGUACCACAUACAUAUGGUCUCAUGUUAGUGGUCUCUCGUAUACAAGACCACAAGGGCUCAUGUAGUUGAAAACUGUUGAGCUGGACUUGUGCAGAGUACUGGUCCUCUCUGUCACAUUGGUAAUUUAUUACCAUACGAUUCAUAUGUCUUGCUUUUAAUCUCUGCAGAUGGGGCUUGCUGCUUAGAGGGGAAUUGCUGUUUUUUUGAAACUGCAUAAAAUCAACUUGUUUAUAUUCUUUGUGUAUAAACUGAUGAUUAUUGUGGGGAUAGACGUAUGCAGACAUUUGCUUAGUUCUGUAAACUAGCACCUGAUAUAAAGUGCUUUGGAAUGAUGGAGAGGAGGAGCUUCUACUCUCUUGCUGCAUUUGCACUCUUGACACACCUCUGGUGAUCUCACAUGCUAGCCUGCCUGUUGGCAGGACUUGUGUGAGUGCAUGUUGAGGAGCAUCCCAUGCUCCUGAAUUAACGUAGUGCUCUUUAACUACCAAAGACUUGCCUCAUACUCACAUGUCAGCUAGUACCACAUGUUACUACACAGGGCUGAGGUGUCCCUUUCUGCUGUCAGCAGACUUUUCAAAUCUGAGGUAUUGUUGCUUCACUGUGUCCAUAGAGCGGAGUUUUUCAGUGAUGUAAGGAUACAAAAUGCACACUGCAAUAAACCUUAUGUUUACACAAAAUUA